UUGGACUGGGAGAGGGUAUAUAAAGUCGAGAGCGGUGGCCCAGAGUCCACUGCAGUUGCUCAAGUCUUUCUGAAUCUACAACUCACCACCGAAAAGAAGGAAAGAGCUCAAGAUGGCUUUCGCUGGUGUCCUGAAAGACGCUGACAUUGCUGCAGCCCUGGAUGCAUGCAAAGCCGACGGCUCCUUCAGCCACAAGAGCUUCUUCCAGAAGGUUGGCCUGUCUGGCAAAUCCGCCGAUGACAUCAAGAAGGCUUUCGCUAUUAUUGAUCAGGACAAGAGUGGCUUCAUUGAGGAGGAUGAACUGAAACUGUUCCUGCAGAACUUCAAAUCAGAUGCUAGGCAACUCACUGAUGCAGAGACCAAGACUUUCCUCAAGGCUGGAGACACCGACGCUGAUGGCAAGAUCGGAGUUGAUGAGUUCGCUGCCGUGGUUAAGGCAUAAAUUGCUCCUGACCAACACUUCGCUCUGAAGGAACAAAUUUGCCCAAGACCUCCCACUUUCAUCUGAUUAUAAAUAAUUUUUAUACCGAUGUUGGAAGAGAAGUUUCCUCCCAUGCAGCACACUGUCCAAAAACGAUGAUCGUGAAUGUAGCGCGGCUGUGUAUCCUGUCUUAAAUAUCAAGUUUGCUUACUGUAAAACCUCAUGCACUUUUAUGGGAACGGAUGAUUAAAAAAAGAAUAAAUAUUCUUUUGCAAUAUUGA